GCAAACUUCUGUCAUGUCUUAGCAAGGUGCAGAAAAUCAAAUCACUGAAUUAGUUUGAAACGACGUUAGCCUAUUACUGGAGUGGCAGAGCGAGCGAGCGAGGGCGAGAGAAGAGCGUGAGAUGUCGGCUCGCUGGCGCCUCCUGCUGGCAGUAGGGCUGUACUCUGUGUUAGCUCAGCUGGAUCAGGUACAGGGCUGUCCGGACACCUGUAAGACAUGCUCAGGACCAGGACACGAUCUGUGUUUGGAAUGCACUGCAGGCUGGACUAUCCACGAUAACACUUGUGUAGACGUUGAUGAAUGUGGUACAGAGCUGGAACAGUGUCCCACCAACACCUACUGCCUCAACACCCAGGGCGCUUAUGAGUGCCGAGGUUGUGACCCUGCGUGUGUGGGCUGUAUGGGCGGAGGGUCUGCCCGCUGCAGAGGAUGUGCCUCUGGAUACAGACUUACAGGAGCUAAGUGUCUAGACAUAGAUGAGUGUGCUGAGAGGGUGCUGGCUUGCCCAGGACUGGAUGAGAUCUGCACCAACACUGAGGGCACCUUCAGCUGUGACUGUGCUGAGGGGCUCACCCGAACAAACAAUGUCUGCGUUCAAAAGCGAAGGCCCAGUGACCAUGAGAGAAGUUUGUUUGAGGACAUCCAGGAGGAGGAAGUGGAGGUUCUACAGCAGAUGUUCUUUGGUGUGCUGCUCUGUGCACUGGCCACUCUGGCUGCCAAGGGUGACAUGGUGUUCACCUCCAUCUUCAUGGGGGCCGUGGCGGCCAUGGCUGGUUACUGGCUCUCAGACAGGGGAGAACGUGCCAUGAGCCGUUUUCUGAAAAGGCCAUAAGCUAAAAGGCCAUUUUUGUAUCUUUGUUGGUGAAAUGAAAUGCUAGGUGGCCAUUUCGACACGAUAAUCACACUAUAGGCAGUCUUAGGUUUUGAUCUGGUGUGAUUUGUAUCAAGGUCGAUACAGUUUAUUCUGUAUGGGUCCAGUGUUGUUCAAUAUGUUAACCAAAUUGAUAUUUUGUUUUUAUCUUGCAUGUCCUGAAAUGUGUAUGGUUGCAUACGACACCACAGUCUUCACACAUUGUGACCGUUUUGAUGAAAGGUUCUCAAACUGCACAAAAUAAGUUUGACUCCUAGUUAUUGUAAAGGUGAAGUAGUGUCACAUCUUGAAUUACUUUAAAGAUCAAUAAGGUGAUUUACAUAUAAGUCUCAACAUAUAUGUAGACGGUUUCAUUUUGUAUGUAAUGGUUUGUCAUUUAACAUUAACACUGAUGUCUUUAGGGUGAAGCACUUGUGAUUAAGGUUAAUGUAGGACUUCAACAAAAAGCUGUACAACAACCGAAAGGUAUACAAGUCUUCACCGGACAGAAAUCUGAACUAUUGUCGUCUUUUUUCCGACCAAGUAAUUUGAUUGGACAAGAGGAAUUCCAGGAUAUUUGGUGAUAACAUCACCGUGACUGUCACUCCACUUACAUGAUCACCAUUAGACUGACAACUAGAACUCUUGUAAAUGCGGUCGUGUGUUAUUGCUGAAUAUCAGCCAGCUGGGAUUCAGUCUUGGAGGCUGCAGGAAGUGCCGAAAACAAUCGAGCCUCAUGCAAUUUCGCUUCUUAUGUCUGAGAGCCAUUUAAUAAAACAAUACCAUUGUCAA